AUGAUUAAUCAACAAGAUAUUAAAUUAGUAAGCAAUUACUUUGUCAACCAGGGUGAUAAAGAAGAGUUUCUUCAUCUUAUCGAACCAAUUUCUUUUGCUCUUCUUGGAUUGGAAUCAUGUGGAAAGAGUACAUUCUUGAGGGAGUAUUUACAGGUUCCCUUAGGUGUUAUUCAAUUGAAUGUUGGUACUAAAUGUCCUUUCGUUUAUCAUGUUCAUCCAAUUCAUGAAUAUGAUAAUCAUUCUGGUGGUAAUAUUUAUCAUUCAAAUACUAUUAUUACCGACGAUAAUACCACUGGUGCAUCAAACAGUGGUGGUGGAUUCACAAAAUUGAUUGUGAAAAUCACCAAAUUGAAUUGUUCAAUGGAGUUUGAUUUAUCUUCUUCAACUAAUUUUGAAAAUAUUAGAAAUAUUAUCAACAUGAAGGUAACUGAAUUAAUCAGCAAGUAUACAUCAUUUUCCUAUGACAUUGAUGUUUUCACAAGUGAAUGUGUCCAUCUUCAUCUUUUUGGAGACAACAUUGUAAUUCCCUACAGGAUUACGGAUUUUCCAGGGAUGAGAUUGAACUCUGGUAGUGAGUUUACCAACUCAAUUAUUGGAAACAAUCUCUCAAUGAAUGAUCACAUUCUUCUAUUCGAAUUAAUGGACACCACUGUGGGUUCAUCGAAUAUAAGUGGAACAAUUGAGAAGCUUUUAAUUCCUAAAGGAUUAAAGAAUUUUUCAAUAGUGAAAACAAAAGUGGAUAGAUCCACUGAUAUUAAUAGUGAAGUAUUCAAUGGUUUGUUUAGACAAUACCAUUCAAAGGUCAAUAACAUUUAUUGUAUUGCCUUUGAAACAAACCCUACUAAGGGUGCUUCAAAGGAACAAAUCAAUGAUAUUCUAUUAGAUUAUCAAAAUGUUAUUAGUCAAAGUGAAAAUACUCUUCACCAAUCAUUUUUUUCUUUUAAUAUUAAUUUUAUUAAUAAUAUUAUUGAAAGUGAUUUCAAGAAGAGGAAACAAUUUCUUAUUUUCCUCUUUUCUAACAUGCUUGAUUCAAUAGAAUUCAAAGAGAAUGAGUUUCAAACUCUCUCCAAGCAUGAGAAUGCUAACAUUACUCCAUUCCUUGCGGCAUUGCCAUUAUUCAAGGGAAUAUUCUUUAACAAUAUCAAUGAAUCAACAUUGAUAGUAUUUAUUAAUAUUUUACAUAUAUCUGAUUCAACAGUGGAAUCCAUUAAUACCAUUAUUCAUAACUAUUCCAAUAAUUAUAGUGUUAGAAUUAAGGAACAUGAGGAAUCUGAUAUAGAUGAUCAAUACUAUUUUCAAAUAUUUUCGAAAUCUUUGAAAGUUUUGUUAACUAGUAACAAGACUCAAAAUAGGCAUUUCACAACAAAGAAUACCAAAGCACAUGAUCUAAAAUCUGUAUUGAAACAGGAACUAUUUUACCUGAAAUAUUUAAUUUUGAACAUGCCAUUUCAUUCCUUUAAGGGAGAUGUUCAGAACUAUUCCAAGCCUAAUAAGUCAGCUGUUGACGAGUUAUGUAAGGCUCUAGAUUUGAUUGGAAAUGAUGAAAGAACGGACAAUUCUAAUAGUAUUGAAAAUCAGAAGGUGUUCUUAAAGAUGGUCACUGGUGCCAUCAAUGGUUUGAUUCGUGGAUUUUGGUUAAAGAUAUUAUUCCACUUGAAGAACAUUCUUCAAUUAUUAGGAGAUGUUACAGCAUGCUAUGUGGAAAGUACCGUUAAUAUUUCCAAAGAUAUUUUGGAAAUGUACAGUUUCAUAAUGAAGGAAUCAUUUUUGGAAAGAUUAAAUUCAAGAAUUGAGGAGAGAAAUCUUUUAUGUAUUGAUUUUGAAAUUGUUAACAAUGGAUUGGUAGAUAGGAAUGCAGAGUGUUUUAACUCAUGGUAUGAAAAUGUAUCUAAACAUCUUAUUGAUUGGUCAAGUAAGGCUGUAAGUAAUCGAUUUGCAGAGUUUACAGAGUUAGUGGAUGAAAUUUUUGGUCAAGUUAAGAAUGAUUAUGCAAUGAUUGCUGAUAAAACUAUUGAAAAGAGAACAAUGGAAUAUAAUCUUAUUACUGAAAAGAAGAGAAGAUUGACAGAAUUGAUCAAAGAGUUAAAAAAGUAG